AAACUUUGGUCCUGAAAAACAACGUUUCAUCUCAUAAAUUUAGCUUCUUUGCGUGUUGGAGUGAAGUAAGUAUCCGAUGUUGUUUGUUGAGUGAGAUUCUGGGUUGUGAACGGAGCUACGUGUGGGUUGGACAGGUGAGAGCCUUCUGGCUGCGGUACUGGGGCGGCAUGGUGGUAGUAGACGAGAACCGGGAGUUCUUCAGAGCUCUGGGACGGCAGAAUGCCGCGAGAGAACUAUCUCACGGGGUUUUUUCUAAACCCCGUUGCGAUAGCCAACUACAAGCGAUCCUCCAGUACCGGCUUCGACUGGAAUGUGCGGGGCAAGGGGAACAUCAAGGGAGACUUGUAUGUCAUCCGAGCAGGAAGCGGUGGCGUUGCGUAUCAGUUCGUGGAGCGGAACUUCGGCGAUUGGGCCCCUUUGGACGAAGUCAUGGAAGCCUGUGAAAACAUCAUGCAGAAAAAGUGAUACAGUGCUGCGUAUUCAUCAACCACAUCAUACACCACUUCAAUUAAUUUUUUCUUCACUGAAGACAUGUACAGUACAUAGUUGCGUGGUGGAAGCCGUUGCAGGCCGACUCAACAAGCAACUAAGAGGAUAGAGAAUUAGAAACGUUCACUAAAUUGGGUCUAAUACAGUUCUAGCAGUUCAGUUUUCGAUAAUUCAUUGGAGAGAGAGAGAGAGAGAGAGAGAGAGAGAGAGUUUGAUUUAUCCUGCUCAUAUGCUGGCUCAUGAUUCAUCGCCCUGUCUGUUUGUCUGCAAACACGGAAGGCCAUCUGUUUUUAUCGGUCUAGUCACAUCCACAAUGAAGGAUUCAGGUUAGGGUUCAUGUUUCAUCUAUUAUACACAACUUGACUGUGUGUUUGUUUGUUUUGUUUUGUUUUGUUUUUUUUUUUAAUAUACUUUCUGCACAUUGCGUGCAGCAGCACAAGCAAUGACUUCACUCGUAUUUUUCUUUUGUAGAGGUUUUUUUUAUUUUUUUAUUUUUUUUAUUUCCAGCUAUAAGUAUUUGACCUCACAACCCCCAUAAGCACAAUGCAGCAUGUAGUAUUCUUUUUUUUUCUUUUGUAUUACAGCAUAGUGUAGAUAUUUAGUCGUGCACAAAUUUGAAUUUUUGAGUUGUGUGUUGCGAUAGUUAUACAAUGCUGGUAAUAACAUUAGCCGGAAGACAAAUAAUCAUGUAUCUUAUGCUAUUAUCCAAGGGUAAUUUUAUAUGAAGCAGUCACAGACUUUUGCUUUUGUGAAUAAAUCA